AUGCGUCGAGGAGGCUCGGUGGCUGCCCUCUCCAUCGGCUGCAGUCCAUCUACACGGCGUCCGCCUCAACGCCGGCUAUCGUGCAAGUGGUGGCCCAACGGCGACUUCUCCAAACGGUGGCCAAGCCGCCAACCGGAAACAUCACUGUGCUUCCUGGUGCAAACAAAAUGUGCGGCAGAGCCAUCAAAGGAACACCUUGUGCGUUCCCGCCUCGCACAAAUACAGACCAAGAAAGAAGAAUUGUUCGGUCUGAUUUCUGAGCUCGACCCGGCUCACUGUACCAGAGUGAACAGUCACCUCGCCAUUGAUCUUUCCGCGCAGGUCCAACCCAAACCUAGUGACCCCAAGUGGCCAUGGUAUCGACGAAUGAAAAGAAUGAACAAUUAUACCUCUUCUAUGGCGGCCUUACGUACCUCAGCUCAAUGAGCGUGUACUAUGGUUUCCAGGUCCCUUCACACUAAUGCCCAGAAGCAUUGGUGUUGGCGAUUGAUUAUGAAGUCACUCUGAAUGGUGUAUUCCAAGCUUUGCUAGCCUUGUAAAUUAAGACUGAACUGUUUGCCAUGUGAUGAUGUUUCCUACAUGUCCUCCGCUAGUAGAAGGGCGAUGUGCAUUCCGAAUCCAAAUAUUGCGUCCACGUAAGGAAAUGAUGCAUGCAGCUUCUAGCUGACCCGCAAAAGAAAAAAAAAUCUAGCUGGGCAAUUUUGCUACGAGGUGAAAUUGCAUAAG